GCGGAAGUUAGUGUUCAGUUUGGCUGAAAGCGUGUUUACAGUAUACGAACAAGCUAAGUUUUAAAGCCGCUCUCUGGUAGAAGAUUAUGGGGCUAGUCCCAUAGAACAUGGCAGCAGAGGAGGUCGGGAGUGUCUGCAGGGCUUCGGUCUGUCUGUGUGUCCUCUGCGGACUACCGGCUGCUGGGAAGUCCACUCUGGCCCGGAGAAUGGUCAGUACCGCCGCGCAGCACGGAUGGAGAGCCACAGUGGUGCCGUAUGAUAACCUAAUCCCAGAGCAAGCUUUUCGAACCAGAGUGGUGGAGGAUGCUAACCUGCAAGACAUGCACACUGAAUGGAAGUUGCACAGACAAGCAGUGUUGCACUGCAUUGAGCAGUUCUUGCAGAGGUCUGAAAUACAGUUAGAAACACCGAGCAGCUCUGGGAUCAGCAUUGCUGCAUGGGAACAAUGCAUUGGAGCACUGAUGGAGCCUGAAGAUUUGAAGGUUGACCAGACACCUCUCAUCUUUCUGCUGGAUGACAAUUUUUAUUAUCCAAGCAUGAGAUAUGAAGUUUGUCAGCUUGCAAGAAAGCAUUCGCUGGGUUUCUGCCAGGUAUACCUACAGUGUGAUUUAGAGUCGUGCAUCAGCAGAAACCAGAACAGGUCUCAGCCCGUUCCCACUGAGGUGAUACUGGAGAUGGUGAAGCGAUUGGAGUCUCCGAAUCCUCAGAAGAACUCAUGGGAGAUUAACAGCAUUACACUUAACACCACAGGAACCGUGUCCAAAUGUGACAUCCAGAGGGUGAUGGAGUUGAUCUCCGCUGCACUAAGUAACCCACUAAGCCUGGCAGAAGACAGUAAAGAACAAAAGGAAGCUGACCGUCUGAAAUGUGCCAAUAGUGUGGUCCACCAGGCUGACCAGGCCUGUCGACGCCUCAUCUCUGAAACCAUGAAGACUGCCAGAGAAAACCAGGUACCUCCUGAAUCCAUGAGGUACCUGGCUGCUGAGCUGAGUGAAUCCAAAGCAAUAUUUCUUCAUAACCUACGGAAGCGUUUCCUCCAGGAAGUGCCGUUUAUCCAAGAAGAGGAAAUCAACGUGGAACAUGUAGUGAAAAGAGCGGCUGAAAACUUUAAGCAAGACACAAAAGAAAUCGUGUUUAGAAUCAUAAAUAAUGACAAAAAAGCUUGAGUGAAUGUGUGAUGUGCUGUAUUUAAUUAAACACAAGCAAAAAUGCAUUUUUAAAUUAUUUCUCAAUUUAUGAACCAUUAUGCUACUAAGUGACACUUUUGGAAAUGUUUGUAUUUUAAUAACUUUAUUUGGUAAUUACAACUGUCAAUGAAAUUUUUUUUUUUUUUUUUAAUUAUUCCUCAAAACUGAUUUCAAAUGUGUACAUGACUUCUCUGAUAUGGUGUAAUAUGGUAAUUAAGAGUAAAUGUAUAUUUAUUAAU